GCGGCGUCUGUGCUGGGGAGACCCAUUAACGCCUCCAGUGCCCGGCCCGCCGGAGCCGCCCCCGCUGCGGCGCUGCAGCCUCCAGGGUUUCCAAUUUCCAAACCUGAUGUGAUCUCCCAGCUGGAAUGAGGGGAACAGCCGUGGGUCUCAGACCUCUAUGGCUCUGAAAAAAGUGAUCCAGAGAGUUGCCUGCACAGGUGAGGAAUUGGGGAGUGACCUAUGUCUGGAUUCUCUCUGUCUCCCAUCAGGUGACGGGAUGGUGAGUGAGAACGAGGAGACACCCCAGCAGGAAGAUGCUGAGCAAGUAGAACCACAUGGGAUGUUAUCAGGAAUAUCCAAAGGGAAUGUUUCUGGGAGUUGUGCACUCCCAGAAAAAGAAAAAGCCUGUGAGGCUCAGCACAGGCCAGAGGAAAACUUCAGUAGCCACUCAGAUCUUAUUACAUGCGAGAGAAUCAACGUGGAAGAGACAUGCUACAUAUGCCACGAGUGUGGGAAAAGCUUCAAUGGGAGCUCUGACCUUCUCACACAUCAGAGAAUCCACAGGGGAGAGAAACCCUACCUGUGCUGUGAGUGCGGGAAAAGCUUCAGUCGGAGCUCACACCUUAUCAGACAUAGGAGCAUCCACACAGGAGAAACGCCCUACACGUGCUCUGAGUGCGGGAAAAGCUUCAAUCGGCGCUCAAGCUUUAUUAGACAUCAGAGAAUUCACACAGGAAAAAAACCCUACACGUGCUCUGAGUGUGGGAAAUGCUUCAGUUAUAACUCAGUCCUCAUCUCACAUCAGAGAAUCCACACAGGAGAGACACCCUACAUAUGCUCUGAGUGCGGGAAAAGCUUCAAUCAGAGCUCAAGCUUUAUUAGACAUCGGACAAUCCAUACUGGAUGGACACCCUACACAUGCUCUGAGUGCGGGAAAUGCUUCAGUUAUAGAUCAGCCCUUAGCACACAUCAGAGAAUUCACACAGGUGACAAACCCUAUGGAUGCUCUGAGUGUGGGAAACGCUUCAUGGAUAAUUCAGCCCUCAUCACACAUCAGAGAAUCCACACAGGAGAGAGACCCUACAUGUGCUCUGAGUGUGGGAAAAGCUUCAAUCAGAGGUCAAACCUUAUCAGACAUCAGACAAUCCACAUAGGAGAGAAGCCCUACAUGUGCGCUGAGUGUGGGAAAAGUUUUAAGCAGAGGUCUGCCCUGAUCACACAUCAGAGAAUCCACACAGGGGAUGUGCCCUACACCUGCUCUGAGUGUGGGGAAUGCUUCAGUUAUAGCUCAGCCCUCAUCUCACAUCAGAGAAUCCACAGUGGAGAGACGUCCUACACGUGCUCGGAGUGCGGGAAAAGCUUCAAGCAGAGCUCAAGCCUUAUUAGACAUCAGAAAAUCCAUGCAUGAGAGAACUGUAAUAAAUGCCUCGACUCCGGCUGGCCAAAGGUGGUUUUAAAAAAAAUCACAUUUGCAAAUUCCCACAAAACGACCUUUGCACCAUCUGCACCGUGGUCUCUCAGCUCCCCCAGAUGAGUUGCCUGCGUCUGCCUUUUGCAGCUCACCUUCUUUGGGGUCAGUCCUGUGAUUUUUUUUUUUCUAUCAACUCUUUUCCUUUUGAGUCGUAGGAGUGUGUCCCUCCAGCCAGGAAUGUUCAUCAGCUCCAAGUGGGGGAGAGAGAUUUGAUCCCAACAAGCUACACUGAGGCAAAAACUACCUGGGCCUGACAUCCACUAGGACUGUAUGUGGCGUUGGCUGCUCAAGUUAGUGAUCUUGGUGUAAAAAGACAGUUCUAGUUAUAGUGCAGAUGCAGGCCAGGUACAGUGGUUGGCAUUAGCUUUCCCCUUGACCUGACCUAAACUCCAUCACUUUUCCUAGUCCAAACAAACCCUGAGCAUCACGGUUAUACUGUCCCCCCCAUUUCAAAGCAAUUGUUAGUCAUCAAGUUCUCCCUUCAGGAACAAAUUGUUUCAUUCCCAGUUGCUCUGAUGUUGCUUCAGGUUGUGCUGGAGAGCAGAUAUUUUUACUACCAUUUUGCUCACUUAAAAUAUAUUGAACUAUAACAGAAAGCAGGAACAGGGCACGGAUAGGGAAAAUGUCAUUUCACCCUCUGUAACAACAGAAGAAGAUAGGGUAAGUCAGAGGGAUUCCCUUAUUCGCCAUCACCAUCCCAACCCCCCUGUUGUUAAACUGGUUAGGUCAAUAUUUUUUCUAAAGAGCUGGGAAGAGAAUUUCCUAGUAAUGACUUGGAACUAGGCAAAGUACCCAUGCAUUGGGCUCCCAAAGCAGUUGUGGCCCAGGCCCUGCAGGAGGUCACUCCUGAAGAGAUCUCCUUCCUAAUCCGUUAGGAAUCAUGUGCUUACUAUUUGGGAAAUGCAAUCCCUAUCUAGGUAGGGAUGGGGAAAAUGGAAGUGACAUUUCUAUUCAACUCACCGCUGUCAGAUGCUGCAAAUGUGUAGAAAAUGAAAUCCAUGUUGAAUGUGAUAUAGCUGCAGAAAGAUACCUAUUUUCAAUAGAUACCUGACAUGUGGUGUCUUACAGGGAUUCUAAGGGUAUGUCUACACUACGAAAUUAGUUCGAAUUUAUAGAAGCCGGUUUUAUAGAAAUCGGUUGUAUACAGCCGAUUGUGUGUGUCCCCACAUAAAAUGCUCUAAGUGCUCUAGUCGGCGGACCGUGUCCACAGUACGAGGCUAGCGUCGACUUCCGGAGCAUUGCACUAUGGGUAGCUAUCCCACAGUUCCCGCAGUCUCCGCCGCCCCUUGGAAUUCUGGGUUGAGAUCCCAAUGCCCGGAUGAUGCAAAACAGUGUCGCGGGAGGUUCUAGGUACAUGUCGUCAGGCCCCUCCCCCCCCCAUCACAGCAACAGCAGACAAUAGAUUCGCGCCUUUUUACCUGGGUUACCUGUGCAGACAACAUACCACGGCAAGCAUGGAGCCCGCUCAGCUCAGAUCACCGCGGCAAUUAUGAGCACUAUGAACACCACGCGCAUUGUCCUGGAGUAUAUGCAGAGCCAGGACAUGCCAAGGCGAAACCCGGACCAGCCGAGGAGGCGAUUGCAGCGCGGCGAAGAGAGUGAUGAGGAAAUUGACAUGGACAUAGACCUCUCACAAGGCACAGGCCCCAGCAAUGUGGAAAUCAUGGUGUCACUGGGGCAGGUUCAUGGCGUGGAACGCCGAUUCUGGGCCCGGGAAACAAGCAAAGACUGGUGGGACCGCAUCGUGCUGCAGGUAUGGGACGAUUCCCAGUGGCUGCGAAACUUUCGCAUGCGUAAGGCCACUUUCAUGGAACUUUUUGACUUGCUUUCCCCUGCCCUGAAACGCCAGAAUACCAAGAUGAGAGCAGCCCUCACAGUUGAGAAGCAAGUGGCGAUAGCCCUGUGGAAGCUUGCAACGCCAGACAGCUACUGGUCAGUCGGGAAUCAAUUUGGAGUGGGCAAAUCUACGGUGGGGGCUGCUGUGAUCCAAUUUGCCAGGGCAAUGAAAGACCUGGUGAUAGCAAGGGUAGUGACUCUGGGCAACGUGCAGGCAAUAGUGGAUGGUUUUGCUGAAAUGGGAUUCCCAAACUGUGGCGGGGCCAUAGACGGAACCCAUAUCCCUAUCUUGUCACCGGAGCACCAAGCCACCGACUACGUAAACCGCAAGUGGUACUUUUCAAUGCUGCUGCAAGCCCUGGUGGAUCACAAGGGACGUUUCACCAACAUCAACGUGGGAUGGCCGGAAAAGGUACAUGAUGCUCGCGUCUUCAGGAACUCUGGUCUGUUUCGAAAGCUGGAGGAAGGGACUUUCUUCCCAGACCAGAAAGUAACCGUUGGGGAUGUUGAAAUGCCUAUCGUGAUCCUUGGGGACCCAGCCUACCCCUUAAUGCCAUGGCUCAUGAAGCUGUACACAGGCAGCCUGGACAGGAGUCAGGACCUGUUCAACUACAGGCUGAGCAAGUGCCGAAUGGUGGUGGAAUGUGCAUUUACACGUUUAAAAGCGCGCUGGCGCAGCUUACUGACUCGCUCAGACCUCAGCAAAAAGAAUAUCCCCAUUGUUAUUGCUGCUUGUUGUGCGCUCCACAAUAUCUGAGAGAGUAAGGGGGAGACAUUUAUGGCGGGGUGGGAGGUUGAGGCAACUCGCCUGGCCGCUGAUUAUGCGCAGCCAGACACCAGGGCGCUUAGAGGAGCACAGCAGGGCACGGUGCGCAUCAGAGAAGCUUUGAAAACGAGUUUUGUGACUGGCCAGGCUACUGUGUGAAACUUCUGUUUGUUUCUCCUUGAUGAACCCUCCAAACCCCCCCCCCGUUUCACUCUACUUCCCUGUAAACCAACCACCCCACCCCACCCUCUCCUCCCCAAUUCGAGCACCACUUGCAGAAGCAAUAAAGUCAUUGUUUUUUCACAUUCAUGCAUUCUUUAUUAGUUCCUCACAGAAGUAGGGGGAUAAUUGCCAAGGUAGCCUGGGAUGGGUUGGGGAGGAGGGAUGAAAAAGGACACAUUGCAUUUUAAAACUUUAAGUCUUAUUGAAGGCCAGCCUUCUGAUGCUUGGGCGAUCAUCUGGGGUGGAGUGACUGGGUGGACGGAGGCCCCCCCCCCCCCCGUUUUCUUGGGCGUCUUGGUGAGGAGGCUAUGGAACUUGGGGAGGAGGGCUGUUGGUUAAACAGGGGCUGUAGCGGCGGUCUCUGCUCCUGCUGCCUUUCCUGCAGCUCAACCAUACGCUCGAGCAUAUCAGUUUGAUGAUCCAUCACGGUUACCUGUGCUGAUGAGCUCUGCGUGGUCACCUGUGCUCUCCACGCUGAGCAAACAGGAAAUGAAAUUCAAACAUUCGCGGGUCUUUUCCUGUCUACCUGGUCAGUGCAUCUGAGUUGAGAGUGCUGUCCAGAGCGGUCACAAUGAAGCACUGUGGGAUAGCUCCCGGAGGCCAAUAACGUCGAAUUCCGUCCACACUACCCCAAUUCCGACCCGCAAAGGCCGGUUUUAUCGCUAAUCCCCUCGUCGGAGGCGGUGUAAAGAAACCGGUUUAAAGGACCCUUUAAGUCGAAAGAAAGGGCUUCGUCGUGUGGACGUCUCCAGGCUUAAUUCGAUUUAACGCUGCUAAAGUCGACCUAAACCCGUAGUGUAGACCAGGCCUAAGCCACUCCUGAAUUUAGUCCCUAAUUUGAAUCUGUGCCAACAGAUUAAGGAAAUAAAAGGGCAUAUUUGGAGGAGUUAUACCUCAUUCUCACUACUGAUAUAUUGUGUGGUUGGUGAAGAAUUCUACGCCAGAGAAGUGUAAAAUUACUCCAAGAAAGGUCAAAGAUUGGACAAGAACUCAGGUAGAAAUUGCAGGUACUAGUGGUUGAUUUUCACCCCAGAGAUGGAAGCUAUGGUGACCUGUGCCCAGGUAAACUAUUUUUAGAACCUUGCUCCCUAGUUAAGUGGCAUUGGUCACACUCCUAAAGGAUGCCGUGAUUAAAUUGGGCACAGCUGUCUUUUACCAUUUGGAUCCAAAGUUUCAUGAAGCAGAGAGAAAAACAGCUGAUUCCUUCAGAGCCAUUCCAUGAAUAUGGGUCCCAAUCUGGUUGACUUGCUGGACAAGAAGCACUUCCAUGCUGGGCAAAUGAUGGUAGCCAAUGAGGGAAUGUAUCAGAUUCCAAGUUCAGACUGCAGGAUACAUGAAUGUUGAGUCCAGAGUCUGUGGUUUGGUCUCUUAGCUUUGCUAUUAAGUCUUAUGCAUUUGUAUCACUUCUCCACCUGCUGCUACUUUGAAAGAUUAGAAAGUGUGAAAGUUGCUUUUUCUCAUGAUGCAAUCGUCCCAAAUAGUGUGAGACCCCUUCCACCCACACUUCUGGGAGAAGACCCAGGGAGAAAUGAAUUAACAGAAAUCGAAGGCUCCUAGGUUACUGUAGAAUGUGACUUCACACAAAGCUGACUGGAUGGAAAUGGGAAUUAAGAGAAAACUGCCCUUUAGGUUUAUAUUUUGUAAUCUUUGAAUAAGUGGUUGCCACCGACAAUGAAAUUAAACAUGAAGUUAAUUAGUGUAAAGUAUGAGGCUGAUUAUGUGAUAACUUUCAGUGUUACAAUAUAAUUCAGGUUUUCUUCUAGUUCUCUCCCCGCCCCCUCCUACUAUAUCGGAAAUGGUGGCUAAUCCUGAAAAGUAAAACCUCACUCCAAAGGAAUUAGAGUGGGGGAACAUGUGAGAGGAAUAGCAUGUAUGAAAAUAGAGACCCAGUGUAGAAGGUAAUUAUUUCUAUUUCAAAUGGAAUUUAUUUUGAUAAACUUUCAAAUAAAUUUUCUGUUAAGAGGAAAAUUGCUUGAAACAAGAUGGGUAACCUUUUACUCAGUUAGAGGGUAACAGCCACAGAGUUCCCCAAUCCGCUUGUUUGCUAAAAAAGACACAUCAAGCAGGAGAGGUUAGAAUUUAAAAUGGUGAUGGAUGCAGGAUGAUUGAUUUUUGGAACCAGUUAUUUUUAUGGGUGCUGAGGCCCCUUUUCCUUUUGAGGAGGCCAGGUGUUAGAGCCCAGCUGUUUAACCCUCAGACCUGGCCGUGGAAACCUCCCCAUAACUGGUCUUGUGUUUCUUCAUGUUUGAUACCUUUGGGGUUCGCACUCUACAUGUGGUUUACGGCAGCAGAUACUUUGAGAAAACUGCUGGAUUAAGCAGGGCUAUUCCUAACUGACGUUGGCCCAAAUUCUGCCUUACUUCAUCUAGAGUGGGACAUGUCUGUGUUGUGGAAAAUUGACCACACGGUUGAUUUUGAAUCAGACAGCCUGAGGCUCCUUUAUUGAUCAAUCAAACAUGCAUGCAUGGGGGAGUCAGCUAAGGCAGCCGAACACCCACCCGACAGAUAAAAUACGAGAGCUUAUAUAGGAUAAAACCACAAUUAGUAAUACAUACUUUCUUAUCAACAUUAUUGCCAUAUUUGGAAUACAAUAUCCUUAAAAGGGAAUAUAGCAUAGCAAGCUCUCCUGUUAUUCUUAGUUUGCCCUGUGCGGUUUCUUGCUUUGUCACCAGACAUCUAUUACUCUGUUACAAAGGUUAAUUCUACUUUUAUAAUUUCUACAGUUAGUUCUGCUUUUAUGGUUUCUGUCUACCCUUCUCCUUUUUACCUCCCCCCUUCCCUCCAGGUCACACAUACACUUCACUUGACCAAAGUUUAGACCUUAGUCCAUUUUUCCUCCACAUCUGUAUCGAAGGAUUAGUUCACACCUGAUUUGCCCAGAGACCUCGCAGGAGGUGUGGUAAGGUGGGGUAAGCUGGAAUCUACAACAAUAAAGUCAAAGGUAAGAGUGGAAGUCCUUCAGCUUUCGGAUCAACAAGCCUGUUCUGUUCAUUCCCUCUGGAGCAUCUGGCACUGGUCACUCUCAGCAGCAUACUGGGCUAGAUGGAUCAUUGGUUUGACCUAGUAUGACCAGCCUUGUGUUCUUAUGUAAGUCGUCUAAGAGAGACUGACUGCCAGGAUCCCAGGACUGGGGAAUGAAGCACAACGGCGACAGGCUAUGCAGCCUUCACUAGUCUCCUGUACCUGAAAAGCCUGCUAGCCCGAAGUGCUGGACCAUCUUUACCUGGUUCCUCAACUGCAGCUACAGUUCCUACCCCAUGUGAAUCCAAAGCCGAAUAGGUGCAGAGAUACAACCCCUUGUAAUCUUUGACAUUUAUUUUCCUUUUUCUAUUUUUCUCUAUUGUUUUUUUAUGGACCUGGAGCCUUCCAGCCUGUCUAUUCGAUUGGGGUGUAACAAUGGCUCAGUAGGUGUGUGUGUGUGAACACCUCUGAAAUCUACACAGGGAAGAUGCUAAGAAUAGUUCCCCAAAUCUUAAUAGUCUUAACACUCUGCCCUAUGAAAUGACUGCAGGCAGCUCCAUAGGACCUAAUCCCAUCAGCCAUACCAUCAGGGGCUCGUUCACCUGCACAUCUACCAAUGUGAUCUAUGCCAUCAUGUGCCAGCAAUGCCCCUCUGCCAUGUACAUUGGCCAAACCGGACAGUCUCUACGCAAAAGAAUUAAUGGACACAAAUCUGACAUCAGGAAUCAAAAUACUCAAAAACCAGUGGGAGAACACUUUAACCUGUCUGAUCAUUCAGUGACAGACCUGCGGGUGGCUAUAUUACAACAGAAAAACUUCAAAAACAGACUCCAAAGAGAGACUGCAGAGCUAGAAUUGAUAUGCAAACUAGACACAAUCAACUCCGGUUUGAAUAAGGACUGGGAAUGGCUGAGCCAUUACAAACGUUGACUAUCUCCCCUUGUAAGUACUCUCACACUUCUUAUCACACUGUCUGUACUCGGCUAGCUUGAUUAUCACUUCAAAAGUUUUUUUUUUUUUUUUUUUUUUUUUUUUCCUCUUAAUUAAUUGGCCUCUCAGAGUUAGUAAGACAACUCCCACCUGUUUAUGCUCUCUGUAUGUGUGUAUAUAUAUCUCCUCAUUAUAUGUUCCAUUCUAUAUGCAUCCGAAGAAGUGGGCUGUAGUCCACGAAAGCUUAUGCUCUAAUAAAUUUGUUAGUCUCUAAGGUGCCACAAGUACUCCUGUUCUUCUUUUUGCGGAUACAGACUAACACGGCUGUUACUCUGAAACUUUCCCUAUGGAAGCAUUGCAAGGAAUUGAGCUGUCAGAUGUACAUUGUUCAGCGAGAGCUGUUUGAACUUCUUUUCCUGCUGUCUCUUUAAGGUCUGUCUGCGUUUUGGGGCGAGAAAGUGAGGAGAAAUAUUAGCUAUGCAAUAGUGAAAUCUAAGGAGAAAACUAAUUAGCUUUGAGGCUGUGGGCUAAAUGUAAGCUAUAAUUUGGUUUCGGUAUUGAAAUAUUCAGCUGGCUAAAUCUGGAACGCACUGCCCGGGUGAAAAUCUCUGAUUGGGGUUUUGGCAUCACUAAAUAUACACCUGCCUCCUUGGGUUGCUGGUUUAGGAUUUAUAAGGGUUGAUUUUCUGCUGUAUUCAUCUGAUGGUCUGACUAAAUUGAUGACUUGAUUCCAAUGCAAUAUCCUUGUUAACUCAUCGAUUUACUGAUUUGACCUGAACUUUCUCACUGUAUUGUUUAACCCUUCGUUAGCUGAGUAGUAUAUAUAGUCAUUUAGCCUUAGUGAUGUGUGUUCUUGGUUUUAUUUGUUCAUGUUAAUAAAACAUGUAACUGGGA